AUGAAACAGCUUGUCAAUAAGAUCACCAUCCAACUCUUCUCUUUCCAAUUUCAUCUUUCAAAGCUCCACAUUACUCUCAUGCAACCUCAACAACCUCAACAGUCUCAACAAUCUCAGCAUCCCUUUCAUUCUUGUCCUCUUCGUUCAUCGUCUCUUCUUGUUGUGAGCAAACCCAAGCAGACAAUUGUAACGGCCACCGACGAUGUAUUCACUCUACUUGGAUACACACCUUCCCAGCUCAUUGGACACCACAUAGCUGUACUUGGCCUCAAGAAACAAAGCCAGCAACAUCAUUACCUCGCCAGACACGAAUCUCAAAGCCAGGUCCAACUAGAAAUCUGCAUUCAUUAUGAUCCUCUUAAUACAGCUACCGAACUUGAAUAUUGGCUUAUUCGCCCCAUUCAUACUCCUCUUCCCUCAGCUAUAAGAGGCCAAACUUCAGAUUGUUCGCUUACUGUCUUACGCCUCAGUCCAUAUGGAACAAUCGAGCAUGCCAUGGCUUCUGAAUGCCUUCAUCAAUCUGCCCAUGAGCUGAUAGGAAAGCCAAUCAUGUCUUUUGUUCAUGCGGCAGAUGUACAUGCGUUAUGUGAAGGUCUCAGCCAGACUACUCGGCAGAUCUACCAUACCUUUCGUAUCCGAUGGCUUACUUCCAACAAGUCCAAAGACACCCAGCACGAAUGGAUGACACUCACAGUUAUGACAAUGCGGCGUCGCCUUUCUUGUACAUCACUUGACGAUCCACUAACUAGACCUAUAUGUAUUCUGCGACCUACUCGUUUCCCAGACCAGCCUAUCCCAUCAAGCCACACCUCCAAUAUAUCACCAAGCAUGUCUUCUGCAUUCGAUGCUCUCCAACUCGCACUCGAAUGUUUACUCGAAAUGCCUUCCUAUCUAAGAUUCGCGGUUGAAGGGGCACUUGGACAGGGAAGAUCCUAUAUAGUUGACUAUGCAUCUCAUGUGGUAGAGAGUAUAAUGGAUAUGAUGGCUGAUUGUUGCAGCCAUACUACAUCAAGAAUUCCUGAGGCUGACCUAGGAAGCAUUCAUCCAUCUACGACCACUGCAGCCAAGAGACGCACGGGAGCCGUCCAGGUGGUACGGGAUGGCUACAAGAUUGAGAUUGUCCGGCUGGCCCACACGCUCGAAAAUACUGAGAGAGGUUGUCGAUCUCGCCGAGUUGCAUUUGUGCAGGGUUUAAGACACUAUGCAAACAAGAGUUUGGUCGUACAAAAAUCGUUACGAGUAUUGGAAUUCACAGGACUUGUUGAUCAUCGAGCACGCUUGCUUGAUUUCUUGGAGGAAGCAUUUGCGGGAAGUUCUAAUAGAAGUAUUGUAUUAUGCUUUUAUAUAUUUAUUCUGGUAUUGCGUAUUGCGCCGCUUCAUGAGCUCAGAAUAUUCGGAACAGUUAAGAGUAGUACAUUUGAUCACAAUACAAAAGUAAACCAAACACAAAAUAACUAG